AUGAGCGCACACUCGUCUGCAGAAGCGGCAGUGCCAGCUCCGGCGAGUCCGCAAGGAUCGUCGUCGGACAUCAGCGGUACACUUACUACUGCAGGCAACCAGCCAACAGUGAAGAGGAUAAAGAAGCUCUUGAAUGUUGCCAACAUCAAGCUCACUUUCCCCAGCGGCGCCACAUACGAGGGCAGCUUCAGGGAUGGGAGGAUCGAAGGAUACGGCAUCUAUACUUACGCCAAAACCGGCGAUGUCUACGAGGGAGAGUGGAAAGCAGACCUCAAGCACGGUCAGGGCUGCUACACCUUCGCGAACAGCGACAAGUACACUGGGCAGUGGUACAUGGGUAGCAAACAAGGCAAAGGGCAGUUUGUUUUUGCCAAUGGGAACGAGUAUGUCGGCUCAUGGAGGGCGAAUAAAAUGAACGGCUACGGUGUCUUUGUGCUCGCAUCGAAUGGUGACCGCUACGAAGGCUAUUGGAACGAGGGCGUCCGACAGGGGGAGGGGUGCCUCUACUACGGCAACGGUGACUUGUACGACGGCGAAUGGUGUAGCGGUCAGCAGCAAGGCCUCGGUGUUUUUUUGCAGUCAAACGACGACUUGUACUGCGGUCAGUGGGAAGCCGGGGUCAUGGACGGAAAAGGCGUCUUGCGAGAGAAGGGCAUCCUCUUCCUUGUCGAAUAUGUAGGAGGCUACCUCAUUUCAAAGCAACGGCAGAGCGACACCCUCGACGAGACAGAGAAAGAGUGGGCUCCUGCCUACCGUCAUUAUCUUGCCUGGAUUAAAGAUCACCCAGCUCCCGCUGCGUCAACGCUAACGACGGAAGACAGCAAGCUAAGAGGCGAGCUUCAGGCAGCCCUCGCUGAAAACAGCAUUCUUCGUAAGCGGCUCGAAGACCUACUUGCCCUGCAUCGGCCGAAAGCUCGCUCGGAUAACUCAGGCGGAAAGUCACCUUCUACAUUUCGUUUGGCUGCUCUGAAGGAGGCUGGCACAGAGUACUGGAAGGAGUCACUGAGGAAGCUGGAGAGCAGGGUAAAGCUACUUGAGUGCACACUUGCCGAACGUGAUGUGGAGGUGCGCAAGCUUAGCGAGCGGCUGAAAAAGAGCGAUGCCAAAGUGCACGGGCUGGAGCUCGAGAACGCAGAGCGCAAGGAGUGGCUUCGUGGCACGAAGCAUAACAGUGCGAAGAAGACACUACCAUCGAACGCACAAACGCUUUCUGCGCCCCCAGCACCCCUAGAAAUGGACACUAUCGACGCCGGCGAGGCGGAUAAGCUGAGGGAGCAGAACGCUGGGCUGGUGCAGCUGAAUGAAGAGCUGCAGCGCAAGGUGGCCUUUCUCGCGGCCGAAAACGCAAAGCUUGCCUUGAAGGAAGAAGCUGCCGAAGAACAGUACGACAAACUCAUGGAGGAGGUGGAGCGGUUGCGGGUGACUGUGGAAAAUGAGCGCCGCGUCAACAUGAGUAGUGAGCCGCCGAAAACGGGAGAUACUGCUGCAGCUGCAGCAGUAUCAGAGUCCGUAGCAGUGGGUGUGUCGUCACCGCUGUCGUCCCCGAUCUCACGUGAGAAGAGCUUAGCACAUGAAGAGCUUCAGCAGAGGCUCAUACAGGCAAAUCAGCUGAACAUCGAGCUGCGGCUUAGAAUGGGCAAACUGGAGCGAACAGCUCAGCCGAAACCGAGUGUCGCAAGACUAUCCUUGUCCACUCCAGAGGCUUCCGGACUCGCACGCGAGAAUGAGAUGCUGCACUCUGUAGUAACCAGUCUCAAAGCAGAAUUAGCGGUGAUGCAGAGUGCUUCGAACGAUGCAGAGCAGCAGAUUGUUCUUGCCCAUCAGCGACAGGUGGAGCUGGAGGAGUCCAUGAAGAUGAUCACAUACCGCAAAGCAGCGAACCCGCAGUUGCAGGAGGCACUGGAGCGGAAGUCAGCGCGAAUCGCGAAUCUCGAGCUGGAAAACGCGGAGCUUGCACGACUGUUGGUCGAGACUUGUGCAGACCUGGAGGAGAGGCAGGCAAUAUCUGUGGCAACGAAACGGCAGCCGAGUUUUGAAUCGUCGACCGUUGGCGGCGCACUCAGCGAGCUGGAGUCUGCUCAAAAGGAGGUGAAAAGGCUACAGAGGCGGAUGAAGAAGUUCACAGGCGAGCGAAACAGUCUGACAGAGCAGGUUUACGAGUUGCGAAUGCUUUUGGCUCGCACCGAUCGAACCCUGGGUGCACUGCAGGGCCGGGUGACCGUGGUCGCAUCUAUCGCCGACGAUGGUAUCAGUGGUACGGCAGCGGCGGAUGCGGCUGUGAGAGUCGAUGCCGCCGAUUCCACGAAGCUGGUGCUGUGUGACUGUGGAGAGGAGACAACCUACCAGUACGACUACUGCUUUGAUAAAGACGCCUCCGUGGAGCAAGUCUUCGCUGAGCUUUGCGGCCCUUUGGCUUUUGUGUGGUCGGGCUACCAAUUGGCGCUUAUGACGGUCGGCGGGUUUCGCUCAGGGAAGACCAGCCUCGUGAAAGAGAUCCUUCCUCUUUUCACGAAAUACCUGUCGAAGGAAGCGGCAGAGAAUCCACAACGCUUGUUUUUCAGCUUCACCUACCGUGUCGCUGUUGUUGAGAUUUCCGCGCGUGGAGGCUUUGACUGUGCAUCAGGGGACAACGUCACGGAGGUGUGCUGCGAUUCGAACGGAUUUGUGCAGCCAAAGAACGUGCGCUUCAUCGACUGCACAAGUGGUAGCAUUCCCAUUGUGGUCGACAACCUUCUUGCCAAACGGCGGCAGCACUACAACGGCCGCUCACAUACCUGGAUUCAGCUCCAGUGUGUACGGACAAGCGUUGCGCGCCAGUGCCAGACAGUCGGCAGACUGACCAUUUUUGACUGGUGCGGCAGCGCCUUGCUUGCAUCGCAGAAGAAGGACAUCGAGAGCGCGCGCUUUGCGAACGCGUCUAGUCAGAGUCUGCGAGACCUCGCCACAGCACUCGCUGGCAAGCUGUCUGUGAUUCCGUACGCAAAAUCUGUAGAGACGUCGUUGCUGUUUGACCUGCUCGGUGGCAACUCGAUAACUGCGGUGGUAGGCCGCAUACGAUCCUCCACGGAGCACAUCGAGGAGAGCCUUCGAACACUUCAUGUUUUGACUUCUCUCUUCGGUGUGCGCAACGGACCUCUAGCGGCGGACAAUCAAACCAGCGAUGAGAUUCGUUGGCAGUGUCUUGUUGCAGCGCUGUGCUCCGACCACCAAGCGGAGAGAGAGCUGAAGGCAAUCGAAAACAUCCGGGACUUGUAG